AACAGGAGGCUAAAGAUAUUGAGACUUGUUAGGCAAAUGUUUUCACCUGCUUAGCCAAUUAGCUUCCUCUCCUAGGAAGACUAGUUAAACAGGUUUCCUUUUUCUAGUCUUCUGCCUCCUGGGUUGGGGAAAGACGCUGUCACUUCACUUCGGCCCUCCCCUUCCCUCCCUCUGGGCUCUUCCACACUCAGUCCGACCAAUAGCGCCAGUUCGAACGUGUCCAGGUUGGCGGCCCAAACAGCUGGCCGGAGCCUGGAUGCGCCGAGUGGAGGAGGGCGCUGGGGAGGGUGCCGCGCGGCUUGCUUGGUCUGCGCCGGGACCCGAGAGCCCGAAGGAGGAGGAGACUGGAAGAGCGCGGAGGUCUGAAGGUGCCCUCCAGACACGGCCCUAAUGACUGAACUACAGCAAGAUGUGGAAGACACAAAACCUUCAAAAGUUCUCGGGAAAAGAGAGAGCAAAGUUGGCUCGACCCACUCAGAGGCUGAGAAUGGUGUGGAGGAGAAAAAGAAGGUCUGUAAGUCGCCAACAGCCCAGUCCCCCACCUCACCCAAUGAGGCUGAGUCCGCAGAGCAGAAGAGAAUUAUUUGCAUGCGGUCGAAAUCCAGUUUUGAUGGUACCUCCGUAGCAGGUGAUAAGAACGAUUGUAAAACAGAAAGUAAAGCUGAUUCUAAAACUGAAAGGAAGAAGUCUUCGUCUUCCAGCCAGUACAAGGCCAAUAUGCACUUUCACAAGUUGUUUCUUGAUGUCCCAACUGAGGAACCAUUAAGGCAAAGCUUUACCUGUGCUCUACAAAAAGAAAUACUAUACCAAGGAAAGCUCUUUGUGUCAGAAAACUGGAUUUGUUUUCACUCGAAGGUCUUUGGAAGAGACACUAAGAUCUCCAUUCCGGCUCUCUCAGUAACCCUAAUAAAGAAAACCAAAACUGCUCUUCUGGUGCCAAAUGCCCUGGUUAUAGCCACAGUCACUGACAGGUAUAUAUUUGUCUCCUUACUCUCCAGAGAUUCAACUUACAAAUUGCUAAAGUCUGUAUGUGGACACUUAGAUAAUACAAGCGUUGGUAACAGCCCCAAUCCGUCUUCUGAGAACAGUUUCCGGGCAGACCGCCCUUCAUCUCUACCUCUGGAUUUCAAUGACGAAUUCUCAGAUCUGGAUGGAGUGGUUGAGCAAAGAAGACAAGACAUGGAAGGAUACAGCAGUUCUGGCUCUCAGACUCCAGAAUCUGAGAACUCACGAGAUUUCCAUUUGACAGACUCCCAGGCAGUUCUGAGUGUCUCCAAAGGAGAAGCAAAACCAACUCGGGCAGAUGUCCAUGCGAACAGAAUGGCUGAAGGAAAAGCGAAGAGUCUUCCUUUACAUGGUCAGUCAGAACCCAUUGGAAUAUUACACAAAGUUAAGUCUCAGAAAUGUCUGACUCUCCACCAUAUUCUGAUAGUUUAUGCCAUUGUUGUCUGUGCACUACUCAUCUCCACCUUCUACAUGAGAUAUAGAAUUAAUACUCUGGAGGAACGCCUGGGAUCACUAACCUCCAUCGUGAAUACCCAUAAUACCGAACAGACUGCACCAUCUGGCCUGGGGUCACAAGCACAAUUAAAUGUGGAGGUCCUCUGCCAAGAACUUACAACUAACAUAAUGAAAUUGGAAAAGAUACAAAACAACCUACAAAAACUGCUUGAGAAUGGGGAUUGA